UCGAGUUAUGAUCCAGACCGCCUCGCACGGCACCCAUACUGCUUUGCGAGAAUAGUACAAGAAAUUGAAAGUAUAGUUCUCUUCUACUAAAACAUCCACUUCACACUAAACCCCGGUUCUUCCCGGUUUCCUAACUGAUUAACUAGAACAAAAUGUCGGCAGAAGACUUGAGUGCAGAGCAAGUCGAAAUGUUGAAGAAGGCCUUCGACAUGUUCGAUCGCGAUAAGAAAGGCUACAUCCAUUGUGACAUGGUUGGCACCAUUUUGAGAAGCAUGGGCCAAACUUUCAACGAGAGAGAGUUAAGGGAACUCAUCUCUGAAGUAGAUGCCGAUGGGAGCGGUGAGAUCGAAUUCGAUGAGUUCUUGGUACUAACGGCCAGGUUUUUGCUGGAAGAAGAUACCGCAGCCAUGGAACAAGAAUUAAGAGAAGCUUUCAGAUUAUAUGACAAAGAAGGAAACGGAUACAUUAACGUUUCGGAUUUACGACAGAUUUUGCGUGCUCUGGACGACAAGUUGACCGAAGAUGAGUUAGACGAAAUGAUCGCUGAAAUUGAUACCGAUGGAAGCGGUACCGUCGACUUUGAAGAAUUUAUGGAAAUGAUGACUGGUGAUUGAGAGCUGCAGUACUCUAUUUCCUGCCUCUUCAAUUAUCGAGCAAGAAUGUGUGAUCAGUUUGGUGGUAUCCUAGUUAAAUUGUUUGUUUCUCUAUUGUUUCACCUUCGGCUGCUGUGAUUGUCUUUCAAUAUGAUACAAAAAAUUCUAAGAAUUAUAAAAUCCGAACCCUGUUGUAAAAUAAUGCUAUAAAAAAAACUUUAUGUAUCAUAUAACAAUUACCUGCUGUUCACAUGUUUCUAGAAUUAAACAAGUAAAAUAUUUU